AUCGUCUGUCUUAUGGUAGGCUAGCUUCUCUCCUCGUCUGCCUCUUCUCCUUGAUCCUCCUGAAAUCGAAUUCCAGACUUAAAAAAUGGCAGUGAGAAUAUUUCAACAUCGCACUCUCAUCUCUUCCCUUCCUCUCCAAACUCACCGUCUCUUCUCCUCCUUCUCUUCUCUUCCUACUCUCCAACCUUCAAACGACGCUGAAUUGCUUUCCCAAAUCUUGCUCCACCAACACAACCCAUUCCAUGCCAUGGAAUCAUCUCUCCAGCUCCACGGCUUCUCUCUUAACCCUCCCCUCCUCCACCAGACCCUCCUCCGUCUCCGCCACCACUCAAAAAUUGCCCUAUCCCUUUUCCACUACGCUCUUUCUCUCCCCUCUUCUUCCUCCACUGUUAGCUCCAUUACUUACAAUAUCAUGAUCGACAUUCUCUCCAAGGUCCACCAGUUUGACGUAUCUUGGCAGCUUAUCAUCCACAUGGAGCAGAGAAACAUCCAACCCACUUCCCUUACUUUCUUUAUACUCAUUCGCAGAUUGAUCGCUGCCGGUCUUACCCGUCAGGCUAUCCGUGCUUUUGAUGAUAUGGAAUCUUUCGUUAUGGAAGCUGUAGAUGAGACCCAUUUCUGUUUCUUGCUUGAUACCUUGUGUAAGUAUGGCUACAUUAAAGUGGCUGUUGAGAUUUUCAAUAAAAGGAAGUCUAGAUUUUGUCCUAAUGUGAGAAUGUAUACAGUUUUGAUAUAUGGUUGGUGCAAGAUUGGCAGAAUUGAUAUGGCGGAGAGGUUUCUGAGAGAGAUGGAUGAGAGAGGGAUUGAGCCUAAUGUUGUUAGCUACAAUGUGUUGUUAGAUGGGAUUUGCAGGAGGGCCAGAUUGCAGCCUGAGGUUAGGUUUGAGAGGACAAUAAUGUCUGCUGAGAAAGUGUUCGAUAAAAUGCGCCACAGAGGGAUUGAACCGGAUGUCGCGAGUUAUUCUAUAUUGCUUCAUGUGUAUAGUAGGGCUCAUAAGCCGCAGCUAACACUUGAUAAGUUGAAGCUGAUGGAAGAGAAGGGGAUUUGCCCGACCGUUGCCACUUAUACUUCGGUGGUGAAGUGUCUUUGUUCUUGUGGGAGGGUUGAGGAUGCAGAGGAGUUGCUUGAUGAGAUGGUCAGAAGUGGGGUUAGCCCGAACGCAGCAACUUAUAAUUGUUUCUUUAAAGAGUAUAGAGGAAGGAAGGAUGCAGAAAGUGCUUUGAAGUUGUAUAGGAAAAUGAGGGAGGAUGAUCUGUAUGCUCUGAGCCUGCACACGUAUAAUGUAUUGCUGGGGAUGUUUAUGAAGUUGAAUCGCAUGGAUAUUGUGAAAGAGAUAUGGAAUGAUUUAUGCACAAGCGGUUCAGGGCCAGAUUUGGAUUCAUAUACAAUGUUGAUACAUGGGCUAUGCGAGAAACAGAAGUGGAAAGAAGCUUGUCAGUUUUUUGUGGAGAUGAUAGAGAGGGGAUUGCUUCCUCAAAAGGUGACUUUUGAGACUCUUUACAGAGGACUAAUACAGUCUGAUAUGUUGAGAACUUGGAGAAGGCUAAAGAAGAAGCUUGAUGAAGAGUCAAUAGCAUUUGGUUCAGAGUUCCAAAAUUAUCACUUAAAGCCAUAUAGACGAUAAUACACCUUUGCCCCGAUGUGACAAACUGAAUGAUUUUGCUGUGGUGCUCUCCAACUAUUUAAACAUUCAGCAGUAUCUCAAGUAUGAUAAGUACUGCUUUUUGUCGAAUCAUGCUUAUGCAUCUGGUUUAUGGCUGUUAAAAAUCAAAAAGUGAUUUGUGGUCAUGUAAUCUUUAGAUAUUGUAGAUUAUUGAUGCAAGAACAGUGAUUAUUCACGACUUGGAACAUCACAGUCUCGUGAUAAUUGAUAGUAUGUAAAUUUCCAAUUGUUGUUAAGUAUUUUAGUAGCAAGGUUUUUAAA